AUGCUCAAUAUUUCUUAAAGGAGGUUGAAAAUUCAAGAAGUUUAUUAAAUUCUAACAGAAUUAAGAAUAGAUUUUCAUCUCUCGCUUCCAAAUUAGCCUUAAUCAGGUUCAUAUUUUCUAAUUAGACCAGAAAAAGAAAGAGGAUGGAAGAAAGAUGGGUAUUUAUAUGUUCCUCGUCAUAAUGGAAUUGGAACUAGAGAGGAUGUUGAAAAACUUAAAAUAAAUGGAAUUCUGGUAAGAUAUUUAAGUUAAAGAUUUAGAUGAUUAUUUGUUUAUAUUCUUAAACUAUUAAGAAGGAUGGUCAAUAAUUAAAUAGAAGAAUAUAUAAGUUAUUAGAAUAAUCACAAAAUAUUUAUUUAGUACACUAUUUAAAUUCUUAAUAUUUGGAAAAUGUAGAGUAAAACGAAGUUUAAAAAUAAACCAAACCUUUAAUUAUUAUUCCCAUAAGUAAUGAAUUUUAAUGUGACUCUUGGUUUCUAUGUGAUUUUCAAGAUUAAUAAUAAGAUCUAGAAUUGAAAUAAAGUAUUUGUGAUUAUUAAUUAGAAAUAUCAAUUUUAGAAAAAAGAAUUCAAUAUUUAGAAUAAGAGAGAAAUACUGGAGCUUCCAGUUCAACUCAUAAAGAAAGCUCAGAUGAUUUUAAUUCUAGUUUUAAAGAAGCAUUAUCUGUGAAAAUAGUGGAUUUUUCACCUGAAUGGGACUAUACAGAGGGGGGCAUGAAAAUGAUGUUAUGUUUCUAACCAAUAAAAGAGAUUUAUUAAUGCCAAAUUUUAUUUGGAAAUGUUCCUGUUCCAGCAAAUUGUGUACAGCCUGGAGUGCUAAAAUGUCUUGUUCCUCCUAAUGUUCCUGGGAAAGUAGAGUUAAAAAUUAUUAGCAAUACAAUUUUAAUAGAUGAACAAAAUGAUAAUAAUUAUUUUACUUAUAAACAGAAAAGAAAAACAAAAAAAGAUAAAUAAUAAAAAGAAAAAAUCAUUGAAUAGGAUAAGAUUGAUAGUUCAGAAUUUAAAGUAAGAGUAAUUGAAAAACUUGCAUCUUUCCAAGCCUAUUUCAAUAAUGUAUUAAAUAUAUAAGUUACAAAUAUGGAACAAGAAAAUAUUGAAUCCUUAGAAUAAAUUGAUGAUUAUAGAGUCACUCAACUAAUUUAAUAAAUAAUCAUAUUAGGAAUAAAUUAUCAAGAAACAGUUAGAUAGUUUUUAAAUGAAUAAGAUACUUAUGGAUUUUCUUUAAUACAUUAUUUAACAUUGUUAGGAUCUGCUUAAGCCAUUAAAUUGAUUCUUAAAAAUGGAGCCAAUAUAAAUUAAUCUGGAUGUGAUGGAUUAACGGCUUUAUAAAUUGCCAUCAUUUUAUAGUAAGAAGAAAUAGUGAAUUUAUUAAAUAUAAUUGGGAGCUAUUGAUGAUU